CGAGAGGCAACGUGCACAAUUACGCCAUCAUAUCCAGAUUAGGGAGAGCUGAUGGGGGAAUACCAUCUUAUACCAUAGUACAUAUAUCCGUCACAUCAAGGCACGCGAGCUCUUAUCCCAACUAUCUAACAUCUCAUAUACGCAGUACAUGUUGUUUAAAUCAUCGAUCUUAGCUUCAUAUCUAUUGGAUUGACCACUCCAUCAUUCCGGCUGUCUCCGCGAUGUCAUAAUCUCAGAAUGUCGGCGUCCCACCUCAGACGACGCAAACUAAGCGGGCGACCGUUUGUAGUGUCAACGCUCCUCAUUACCUUGAUAGCGACAUAUGCGUUGUUUCUGCGAGGAAGCGUCUCGAGUAGCCGAAAUGAAUCGCCUCUCCUUCAUUCGAGAUCGGCCGAGCCAGAAUGCCACGAUGUCCACCAUGCCGAGGACCAGUGCGCUUUUGUCCUGGCUUAUUGUCAAGAUGAUGAAGCCGGCCUCCUGCCGUACCUCACUCUCUAUUACUGCACCCUAGGCAAUGCGCGGCCAGUCGCAUUCGUGGUCAUGGUCGCCUGGCUAGGCCUACUGUUCACGACGAUAGGAAUUGCUGCCAGUGACUUUUUCACUGUCAACCUGAGCACCAUUGCCACAAUCCUGGGUCUCAGUGAGAGCUUAGCGGGUGUCACUUUCCUUGCCCUCGGCAAUGGUUCCCCCGACGUCUUCAGCACAUUUGCUGCGAUGGGUUCCAAUAGCGGCAGCAUGGCGGUUGGCGAGCUGAUAGGAGCGGCUGGCUUCAUCACUGCCGUUGUCGGGGGCUCCAUGGCCCUCGUCCGCGAGUUCAAGGUCAGCAAGAAGUCGUUCAUUCGGGACAUAUGCUUCUUCAUCGCUGCUGUCAGUUUCACCAUGGUCUUCCUCGCGGACGGCGCACUCCAUCUGUGGGAGUGCUGCGUCAUGAUCGGCUUCUACGUUUUCUACGUCUUCGUCGUUGUCGGGUGGCACUGGCUCUCGGCGCGCAGGAGCAGGAGGCGCAUGAGAGAGAACGUUUCUCGAGGCCACUUCUAUGGGGUGACCGGACAGGAAACCGACGAGCUAGAACCGUAUCGCGACGAUGAGGAGGAGGAGGACACUGCGCCCGUUGGCCAUCGGUCACCUGCCGCAGAGACACCUGACAUUAGUGCCCUCGAGCGCGCCUCCUUGCUUGAGCCAGAUUCUGCAAUGUCUCAAGCCCCGGACGAUGAGGAUGAUGAACGAGGACGGCAUGUUGCCGCGGAGAUGACUAGCAGCAUGCGCGUGAUGCGGCCACGCUGGGGGAGAAGCAACACCACCAUCACGCCAAUCCGGCCCAGCUUGGUUGGUGCUUUGGAAUUCAGAUCCGUUCUGGCUUCUUUACAGAAGGCCAGAAACAUGCAUCUGACGCCGCUGCCCGGAAGAUCAUACUCAGACAACCGAUCGGUUGAUGGACCCCAUGGACCCCCCGCACAGCCAUCUGCAUCGCUCCACCAUGCUUCUAGGGGUAUCCCCUUUGAUCGGAGAGAGCGUGCCCUAUCGUCAGGGAACGCGCCUCUGAAUCUGGAUAACUCCGGGUUGCCUCGUCCUGAACUGCUGGUCAGGCCCUCGAGUCCGCCUCGAUUUACAACCCCUCGAUUUGCAAGCCCCGGAGCGACAUCCAUCGACGGGCGGCUCUCUCCUAUCCCCGCACGUCACCUAGCAGAACCUCAGGCGGCACAACAACAACCACAGUCGCCAGGGCCGCCUCCUCAUUUACGACUCCAGAUUCCCAGCCCUUCGAGGGGAUCAAGUUGCCAGUCGUCACCCUCGUUGUCGCCCUUCCCAGCAAUAUCCGAAUCCCCCAUGCCGAUGACGCCCAAUGUCUCAGGGCACCCAUCCGCCUUCAUGCUACCCCAUCCCGCCGUAGAGCGGCAUUCCUCGAUUGCCGGUCUUGGCCUUGAUGACUACGACGAAUCCCCAAAGCCAGUCAACUGGUGGCCGUACAGGUUUUUACCCCCUCCUCACGUCCUCUGGGAGACUCUCUUCCCAACCUUGCAAGGCUGGAGAGACAAGACUUUCUGGGACAGGACGGUUAGCAUCAUAUCCGUCCCAAGCAUUUUCGUUCUGGUCACCACAUUGCCGAUUGUCGAGACCGAGCACGACCACGAUGACGAAUCGGAGGAUGGUGCAAUAAUCAACCCGCCCGAGAUUCGGGUGGGCGGGGAUACCGUUCCACCAGUAGUUGUGGAGCAGGAUGGGACCAUUGAGCCCGAGACAGAAUGGCAACGAUACCGCCGCAGUACAAUGACCUCUAUAUUCCAGCCAUCCGUAAACACGUCCCCGGCCUUGGUCCCCCUCAGAUCUCGACAACCGACCGAGUCGCUCAUCCCAGAUAUUGGUGCGCAGGCUGAGAUGGCCAACCAUCAGCGACCGAAGCCCUCCCCAAGUCUGGAACCCGGUCGCUCCGUCACCUCGACGGAGGGUCCUGCCGGAUGGAACAGGUGGCUCGUUGCGCUGCAAAUCUUCACCGGGCCCCUCUUCGUCGUCUUCAUCCUCUGGGCCAACGUGCGCGAAGACGUCGACCAGCCCGGCUGGGCGCUGCUGAGGUCGAUCCUCUACUCGCUCCUCGUCUCCCUGGUCAUGCUGGCCGUCCUCAUGACCACCUCGCCGCACAAGAAGCCGAAAUACCACUUCCUCCUCUGCUUCCUGGGCUUCGUCAUCAGCAUCGCCUGGAUCUCCACCGUCGCCGGCGAGGUCGUCGGCGUCCUCAAAACCUUCGGCGUGAUCCUGAGCAUCUCCGAGGCCAUCCUCGGCCUCACCAUAUUCGCCGUCGGCAACUCCCUGGGCGACCUCGUUGCCGACAUUACCGUGGCCCGCCUGGGCUAUCCGGUCAUGGCGCUGGCUGCGUGCUUCGGUGGACCCAUGCUAAACAUCCUGCUCGGCGUGGGGAUCGGGGGCGCGUGGAUGACGAUCAAGGCGGCGAACAAGGACCACGAGAGGCACCCGGACUCACCCAUACGCUACAAGCCGUACCAUAUACAGGUCGGCGGCACGCUGCUGAUCUCGGCCGUCACCGUGCUGCUCACGCUCAUCGUGCUGCUCAUUGCCGUGCCGUCGAAUAAAUGGGUCAUGAGCAGGAAGAUAGGGUGGGGCUUGAUAGCCAUUUGGACGCUAAGUACAAUUAUCAACCUCGUGGUCGAGAUGACGGGAGUGUGGUCGGACGUGGCAUGAUAGUACAUACAUAGUAUAGUAUAUAAAUCAGAGGGGUAUUAUGUUGGUUCAGGUCGCAUUCGAACAUCACAAUCGCUCCCAUGCGACACACGGUUGAAUGGA